AGCAGGCUGCUGGUAUGAAAAUCUGCACGUACUUAAUAUAGUCGAAUGUUUCAGAUAUCCAAGCUUUUGGAUGUAAAUGUCACUUCAUAAUCAAUGUUAUAUUUAGUGUCAAUGACAUGGUUGAAAUUGUUAGAAGACAAAAUUUCUUUUCAUAAACAAACAUUCUAGACAGCAAUGUUUCGUACACAGUUUUGAUAGAUUGUAGCGCAGGUCACAGGGUCGUACAAUUCAAAGCUGGAAAAACAUGAUUGUGUCACGUGUGUUAGAUUAUGGGUUUUGUGCGUGGUUUGUUGGCGCAGUAAAUAUGGUUGAAGAAGGAGAGUAUUUUGAAGGAUGUGACCUGGAAGGCCCAUUAAGAUGCAUAUUUUUAUGUGAAUUUCAUCCCACAGCGGGCCCAAAAAUAACGUGUCAAGUUCCUGAUAACUACAUAUCAAAAGAAGUAUUUGAUGCAGUGAGUGUGUAUAUCAUUCCCAAGGCUCAACUCCAGAGAAGUAUACUGACAGUGACUCUGCUUGGAUCUAAAAUUCUUGGUUUUCCUAUUCGAAUAGACAACAAAAAAUAUGCUAGGAAUGCAUUCUACUUUAACCUGUGCUUCGUUUGUGAUGCAUGGGCUCGAAGUGUCCAGUAUGAACCAGUGGUCAAGAAACUCUCCGACCACUUGAUUACAAUGGAGUUGGAGAAACGUUUCCUUUCUAACCCACAGAAUGAGAAUGUUCCACUGUCAGCUAUGCUUAAGCAAGUGAUGGAAGACCUCAACACAUACAGAAUGUGCACUCUCACAGAGGGAACGACAACAAUGCAUCUGAAAGUGGUAAAAAUUUCAAAGGAACCGAGUCCUGUGCAUGAUCAUCAGGUGCCAAUAUUCAUUGAGGAGCAGCACAAGUUUCGUUCAGAGCAGUGGGAUCUCACUACUUAUCAGGUUCUUCCCUACAUUGAUGGUUUCAAUCAUAUUGCAAAGAUUGCUGCAGAGGCAGAUGUGGAAAACAAUCUUGUGAAAGCCUGCGUUCAGAACCUCAUGUAUUACGGAGUUGUUUCUUUGCUUCCUAUCUUCCAGUACUCUAAUGUUUAUGCAGCAACACCAAAGUUGAGGUUGUUGGCAGAGAAUAAGGAUUUACAACAGAGAUGUAUAAAAUAUGUCUCCAAGUCAGUCCGACAGCCACCAGCAUUACGAGAUAUAUUCCGAAUGUACUCGAGUAUGACUUACGGAACUACAGUCAGGGACCUGUGUGUCCGUCUUAACCCUCAUCCUCUUAGGAUCAAUGAACGGAAGCUAGUGCAGUUUGGUUUACUUAAAGGCCUGAUACGCAGAAUAUACAAGUACCCUGUGGAUUUAUCUGAAGAUAAUGAAGUGAAUGCAAAAGAUUCUCUGCAUCGCAGUUUUACGGGUUUGCAGUCUGUUGAUGAAAUUUGCUGUGCACAUGGAUUAAGCAACCAGCAGUUUGAAGAUCAAGUGGAGAGGGAACCAAAUGUUGUUCUCAUCUGGAAGUGACCAAAGAAGCACUCACUUCUCUAUUGAGCGUAUACCUAAAUUGAAGGUAUAACUUCAGACAUAUUUUAAAUGCACUGUUUACCAGUUGAAGGCUGUGUGUUGUUAUAACCAGUACAAAAGGAGUCAGACGUAAUAUGAUUUAAGUUGAUAUCAACCUUUGCUCCCUUCUGGGUAUUGUUCUUCUGCCUUCAUUAAAACGCAAAGUUGUGCUUCACUCUGAUUUGUGCAUGUGCAUUUGUGCACACACUUCUUUGUGAAUGCAUACAUGAGCACAUGCGUGACUUUGUAAUUCUAUUAUCAUUGUAUUUUAUGUAUAUACAUAAUAUUUUAAAGUGUACAGUCAUGGAAUACCAUAAUGCUUCUUCCAUA